UGAUAUUAUCGAUAUCUUUUUAGAGUGGUUACUGUUCUUUGUGUGGUAGGACGUUUCUGUGCAAAAUGCCUGUGAGAGCAUUGACUCCCGUUCUUGCGGAGAAGGCUCGUGCUGAGCUGAAUGAGGAUCCAGCUAGAUUGGAAGCCGAUCUACAACAUAUCAAGGAUUGGUUGGCUAAGCAACCGCAUAUCAAUGCUAGAACAGAUGAUCAAUGGUUGGUUGCGUUCCUCCGUGGAUGCAAGUUCAGUUUGGAGAGGACGAAAGAGAAGUUGGAUCUGUACUACUCUGUCCGCACCACGGCGCCUGAACUGUUUCAGAUGAGACACACGGAUCCGCUUUUCGACGAAAUACUGGGAUUGGGUGCUUUUAUUAUAUUGCCCAAGCCAGCAACACCCGAUGGUCCACUGAUAGCCAUUGCCAGGCUAUCGAGCUAUGAUCCCAACAAGUACAAUAUUGUGGAUGUCAUGGCAGCCACCAACGCUUUGAUGAGGAUCGCGAUGGUUGAAAAUGAUAACGCGGUAGUGGCUGGUGUUCGGAAUGUGAUGGAUUUAGAGGGUACCACGAUGGCACAUUUCAUGCAAAUGACGCCUGCGCUCAUGAAGAAAAUGGUGGUCAUAGGACAGGAUGCAUCGCCAUUCCGUAUGAAAGGUGCUCAUUAUUUAAACACACCAUCGAUAUUUGAGACAGUCUUUAAUGCAAUGAAAGGGCUGCUCAAUGAAAAAAAUAAAUCAAGACUUUUCGUUCACAACAAGAAUUUGGACGAAUUUUACAAUUACGUUCCCAAAGAAGCUCUCCCUGCUGAAUAUGGUGGAAAUGCUGGCACAAUAGACGAAAUUACAGCCUACUGGAGGAACAAGGUCCAGGAAUACGGGUCCUGGCUGGAGGAAGACUUUAAAUACGGCACAGAUGAAUCAAAGCGACCUGGCAAGCCCAAGACUGCGGAAGAUAUGUUCGGAGUUGAUGGCUCUUUCAGGAAACUUGAUUUUGAUUAACAUACUCAUAAUAUUGAUUUCAAAAUGUUUUGUACAAUAUAUUGUUAUAAAAAACA